AUGGGAUUCAUGUUCCCGGCUGUUACAAUAUUCUUGGCAUUGAUAUUCAAUUUCUUGAUCAAUAUCAAUCCUUCAUUGUCUGAUAAUAUGGUUGUACCAUUCGCCAAGAUGCCAUUGACAAUCAAUCCAAGUGUGAAUGGAACAGAGACACCAUUGCUCAAUGUAAUGCAAUCAACUUUGGAGUUCCAAUAUGAGAUGUUUCCAAAUAUCUCUGAUAUGAAUGCUGCCAUUCUCAACGACUCACUCAUGUAUCAACUUGGUGGCUAUGACUUUGCCAACUUCAACAAUCAAUCAUUGUUCACCAACAUCUAUUUCAACUAUUCCUCCACAAUCCCAUCACUUACUCAGUCCUACUACAUUAGUUUGUACAAGUAUCUCACUGGCCACGACUUGUUCAUUGAGGAGAGACAAAGCACAUUAGACUCUGGCGUCACUUUCAAGUUGUUUGAGUACAUUGGUCCAAUCCUCAUUCAGUAUGGAUACGUGUUCCUCGUGCCUUACUUUGCCAUUUUGGUCGUGAUUGAUCGCGAGAAGGGUAUCAAGAAUCAUCUGUUCCUAAACUCACUGCAACGCAAGGUAUAUUGGUCUGGCUACCUUUUGGCCGAUCUUCUUUGUUUCCUCAUCCCCGCUAUCCUCGGUUGGAUGGCAUUGGCCAUUGCAAGAAUCGAUGGUUUCUAUAACAAUGCAGGAUCAUUCUUCCUCUUUGUUUGCUUUGGUUUCUCAGCCAUCCCAUUUGGAUACCUUCUCCAGUUUGCUUUCGACAAAGAGGAGACUGCCAACAAAUGGCUAUACCCAUUGACAUCAUUGUUCUCAUUGAUUCCAUCAGUGAUCAUUACAUUCGCUGCACCAGGUGGACAAGCACCAUCUGGUGUUCAACUGGCUCUCUCACUCUUGCCAUCAUAUUCACUUUACAAUGGACUCUCACAGAUUGUUAGACACCAAGGAAACGUUGGCCUCACAAUCAUGAUGCAGUGUAUCUCUGGAGUGCUCUGUCUAUUCCUCAUUUACAUUGCUGAGCUUAUCAUCAACAGACCAACUGGACAUGCCAUCAAGGACAUUGAGCAGAGAUCUCAAAAGACUGGUGAUGCUGAUGUCGUUGCUGAGAGGAACUUGAUCACUUCUGGCGAUCACAACCGUAUUAUCACAGUGGACGGCAUAUUCAAGCAGUUCUUUGAGGAGAUGCCGGACGACAAGAGUGGCGUUCACAAGCGCCGCAUCAAGUACGCCGUUGACGGAGUAUGGUUUGGCGUGGAGAAUGGAGAGUGCUUCGGUCUGCUCGGUCACAACGGUGCCGGUAAGACCACCCUACUCAACAUUAUGACUGGAGUGCUCAACCCAGAUGCAGGCAGUGGAUCGAUCGAUGGACACAACGUCAACACUGCCAAGGAGCUGGCCUUCCAGUCUGUGGGCUCAUGUCCACAGUUUGACAUCCUAUUUGACAACUUGACCAUCUCUGAGCACCUGAAGUUCUUCAGUUGGAUCAAGUGUCUGCCCAAGGCCGACAUCCAGUCUCAGAUCGACUACUUUAUCCAAAAGUUCGAGAUUGAGGAGCAUCGCCACAAGAAGUCAAAGGAGCUGAGUGGAGGCACGAAGCGUAAGCUGAGCGUGGCAUGCAGUUUGAUUGGAUCGCCUAGAGUUGUAUUCAUGGACGAGGCCUCCUCAGGAUUGGAUCCAGCCAGUCGUAGACAUCUCUGGGGUCUGAUCAACGAGCUCAAGACGGGCAAGGCCAUCAUCCUCACCACACACUCAAUGGACGAAGCCGACUUCCUUUGCGACCGCAUUGCCAUCAUGAGCGAUGGUAAGCUCAAAUGCCUCGGCACACCAAUGCACCUUAAGCACAAGUAUGGCUCUGGCUACUCCCUGGACAUCCAGCCAGUCGACCUAUCAUCCAACAAGACUGAGAUUCAAAACUUUGUCCGCACCAAAUUCCCAGACGCAGUACUAGUAGAGAAGUUGGGUGGAGUCAUCACUUAUGAUAUACCAACUGAGAAGCUGUCUUUGGCUCGUCUCUUUAGGGAGUUCGAGUCGAACAAGCAAGCAUUGGGUGUGUUGGACUUCUCCGUGUCACAAACAUCUUUGGAAAAGGUGUUCCUUAAGUUCGCUCUGGAGCAGACUGCAUCCGAUGAGCAUGACAAUACUGAAGUCAUCAAGAAGAAGAAGUACUUGUUCUGUUGA